GCCCAGGAGGAUCGCGAUUUGCGAAUUGCAAUGGAAUUAAGCCGCCGUGAAAUGGAUAACGAUGAUGUUACACUGCAGGCCACACUGAAGAACAGUCUAAAGGAUAUGUCGCAGAAAAAUGAAGCGGUUGAUGAGGAAAUGGAGAAAGAGCUGCAGAAAGCUAUUCAGCUGAGUAUUGAAUGUUGGCAAAAGGGUGGUGAAGCAGCUGGUCCAUCCAAGCAAUUCUGUGGCCAAGCUGAACCGCCUGUACCAAAGUCAGACGCAGUCGAGCCAUCUAAGCUUCCGUGUGCUGAUAUAGGGCCAUACAAACUUUCAUCACAUCAGUCAAAGCUGGCCAGCUCGGCAUCAGGUGAAAGUCGGUCUGCGAAAUGGGCUUCGAGUGGAGCUGGGCCGUCCAAGUCUUCUGCCUCGGGUUUUGCCAAGCCGUCGUUCAUUUCUGGUUUCUCGGCGCCAACAGAAUUUCCUCUACCUAGCAGUGUUGGUACAGAAGUAUCAGUAGCAGCUGCUGGCAACAGUCAAGAAGCGUUCAGUGCUGAGUUCUGCUGCCUCUUUUCAGUGCAUACUGUUGCUGUCCCGUCUAAAAGUGCUUGUCAGGUCGGCUGUGUUCACGUCGUUCACGAAUCAAUGGAUCUCGAUUUUUCGGAGGAUGAUGAUUUCUUUGUUCAUGAUUGGUCCGGCACUGUUCGCUCUCCUCAACUCGAGGUUUUUCUUCUUCCUUUGUACUGCUACGAACAACACAAACAGCUGCAUUACCAAAUGCCAUCGACUGAUGUUCGGGACGGUGAUGGUAAUUGA